UAGUUGCAUAUUAGAAAAUAGAAUUGAAGUACAGGGACGUCUUGCCAUAGCUACAAGUGGAAUCGAAAUUCAACUUUUAUAACAUUUAUUAUGUAGUCUCAUACUUUAAUGCAAAUUGUAUACACCAACAUGUUUCUCUGUACUGAUUUAACAGUUCUCUUGUACAACUUUCUUUUGGCAGCGAGAUGCCCCCGUAUACAGCUCCUUCGAAAUGAUUGGUCAAAUUAUUGGUUUUACUAUACACCUGCUUUAAUACAUUUAGGAUCUUGUGAAAUUCAUGUAUAUUUCCUGAAUGCAUUCUUUGUUGGAUCUUAUGCUUUUGGAUUAUUUUCAAUCUGAUGCAAAUAUGUACUAGAGAACUUUACAUGCUAAAUAAUUCACAACCUAUACCUCAGCCUAGCCUACCGAUUCUUCAGCCAAUGAAACCUUGCUUAGCCUGCUUGGAGACAUUCUUGCACCAUUAUUGAUAAUUUUUCUUCCUUUAGUCCGAUGACUUUGUGACCCAAAAAGUGCUCUCUGUGCCAGUGCUUUCUCAAAUUUAGGGUUUCCGGAACUUUUGGUGCUAGGCUUUUUAUCAGCCACAGUAGCUUGCUUGCUGCUGGUGCAAGCAUCAAGAUCAAUAACAAUGAACUUUUCAGAAGCCAUAUAUAUAUCAGAAUGCAGAAGCCCUGCAGAUCAGCAGGGCUGGUGAGGCUGUGAAGAUGGGCGAGGAGGAUACUGGUGAUUGUUUAGGUUUUAUAGAAUUAUGCUAUGGAUCAUUGAUUAUGCAUGAAGCUGCAAGGAAACAAGUGGGAUUAAAGGGGGAAGCCAUAUUUGUGGGGUGCAGAAAGAAUCUGAAUGGUUUCUAUUAGACACGUUUGAGGCUGAGGAUUCCGACAUACACACAAUUUAACGGGAAAAUAAAAUGCACUUUGGGCCAAAAAAGAAGAAAAGAAUGAGAAAAAUGCACUUUAUGCUUAAGAAAAGGAAGCGAAAUUAGUUUAAAGCAAUUCUGAGGGCUAAAAAUCUGUGCGUGAAAUGUGAAUACUUGACACUGAAGACCAGAACCUAAGAAUCUUUGGCCUUUAAGCAACCUUUGUUCCAAGCAAUUCUGCAGUUCUCUUUUUUAUGAAUGGAUUUCAAGCUUAUAGCCACAUUAUCUUCCUUCUCUUUUUCCGGAGCCUGAAUGAAUUGGUGAAGUCUAUUCGGACGCGACCAUGCCAAAACCAAUCACACAUGCCGACCUUGCACCAGGUCCUCGAAGCACUGAUUUGGGUAGCAAAACCGCUGCCUUCCUAACAGUUUUGACCAUUUUCUGCGGCUUCUUUUGCUUUGUUCUUUGUCUUAUUGCUGAAACCACUCGUUCUCGGGUGACAUGGGUGGCUAGCAAUGGUGAAGGAAGUGCUGAGAAUCAUGAAUGUAUAUACAGUGGAAGUGGCAAGACACCAUUGUUAUGUGCUGCUGUUGCAUUUGUUGGACUAGCAAUUGGCAUGGUUGUGGAACAUAUGUACAUCCUGAUUGCAAUCAGUAAAUCACCUCCUUCAGUUUUAAUUACCUGGGACUCCAAUUCACCUCCUGCUAAGACCAUAACUUGGCAAGCAGGCUUUUUCUUCGUUGCAACUUGGGUAUGCUUUGCUGUUGGUGAAAUCUUGCUUUUAAUUGGAUUGAGUGUAGAAUCAGGGCACUUAAAGAAUUGGUCCAGACCAAAAUCAAGUUGCCUCGUCAUCAAACAAGGCCUAUUCUCUGCUGCUGGAGUCUUAUCAUUAGCAACAGUAUUCCUUGCUGCUGGGUUAUACGUAAUCGCAUUGCGUGCACAGAGAAUAUCUCAAGAACACGAAAACCUUCGGCAGCAGAUUCUUGAAGCCUCCGCCCUCUAUGCUUCUCCGCCAGAGUCUCCUCGGCGCCAAAUCACCGUCACUGCGAGGGAAAAUCCAAUCGCUAGAGAAAAUCAGAUCGUGCAGCCUCCAAUCGUAGACUCUACUGCUUUUAGCAAGCACUUCAGUUUAGCAUAAAGCACUAACAAAAUUAUUGUCUCCAUAUGCAACUACCGACGUAGUAAGCACACAGAUACAGAGGUCCAUUGCAUGCAAGUGGUAUGGUAGAAGGUGUAUAUCUAUACAUAUAUCAAUUACUACACGAAACUGUAACUCAUUUAAUUUUGCGAACAGAAUUCUUUUUGCAUCAAAUUUGAUUGUUGAGAAUUGAUUGUUGUAUUUCCGGUGUGUCAAGAUGAAUAAACUCCGCCUACACUUUCACCAUUAAAUGCUUUUAUCUUUUUUUCCCUCAACUGUUUAAAAAUUGGAAAACAUAACUAUGUGAACCCUAGUUUUGGGCCAUGAAUAGGACUGUAUCAGAAAAUAUUAGUAAAUUAAAAAUCGAUUCUUUCGC